ACAAAAUAAAACCGGAAAAUGAAGGAAAAAAAAGAAAGAAGAACCAGCGUCGUUGCAACGCAGAGUUUCACAAAUAAAUACAAAACACAAAACCCUUUCCGGCUCCCAAAUUCUCUAUCAUUCUCUCUAUAAUAUGGCGCAGAUGGAUCCCGAUGCCGUGGCGAAGGCCUUCGUCGAGCACUACUACUCGACCUUCGACAACAACCGCGUCGGCCUCGCCGGUCUCUACCAGGAAGCUUCCAUGCUGACCUUCGAGGGUCAGAAGAUCCAGGGCUCUCAGAACAUCGUCGCCAAGCUCACCUCUCUCCCUUUCCAGCAGUGCAAGCACAACAUCUCCACCGUCGACUGUCAGCCUUCUGGUCCCGCCUCCGGUAUGCUCGUUUUCGUCUCCGGCAACCUCCAGCUCGCCGGCGAGGAGCACGCCCUCAAGUUCAGCCAGAUGUUUCAUUUGAUGCCGACGCCACAAGGAAGCUUUUAUGUGUUCAACGAUAUAUUCAGGUUGAACUACGCUUGACAAGGAAUCAGCAGAUUGUUAAGCAUACACAUCACUCUUGUAGCAUCUAUUUGAGCAAUCCUUCCAUCAUAUCUCUCUUGUGUUUUUUUCUUCUUUAUUACUAGAUGAUUUGUUUUGAGAAAAAGAGGAAGGCUACUGUCUCUCUUGUAGUAUUUGGUUUGAAUGGUUUGUUCAUUUUACAAAUGUAAGAACUUGUUAAAGACAAAUUUGAAAUGGUUUCCAGUCUCACUUUACCCCUU